GGCCCCGGAGCUGAACCCGUUUUCUGGACUGGUAGUCUACCGCGCUGUAUAUAUUGUCCUCCCUCUCUUAAUUCUCAACACCGGAAAGAAUGAUUUGUUUCUGAAUAGGGUUACAGAUUCAGAACCCGCGAAAUUGGUGUAGCGCUGUGAAAUGGAGAUACAACCAUCAGAUGAGAUUGCUCAGCCGUCGUCGGUGAAUUCGACCAGUGAGGCUGAGCAGCAACAUGAUGAUGCUGUGGUUCCUGAGGCUUUCAAUCACGGAUCCAAGGAGUCCAAGCACGAGGUUUCUGGAGAUGAAGUUAGAGAAAUUCUAGAAGUUAUUGCAUCCACUGGGAGAUAUUGGCAUGAUUGGGACAAAUUAAAGGGCAUGCUAUCCUUUCAGAUGAAGCAGGUUCUGUCAGAGUAUCCUGAGGCAGAAAAGACUAGUGAGCAGCAAAAUACUACUUUAGGAGAAACCUUCCCAGAACUGGUAAAGAGGUUGGAUGAAGCUCUUCAUGGUUUUACCGAAGGUCCUCCAUUUACCCUUCAGAGGCUUUGUGAGAUCCUAUUGGAUGCACGCAGCAUCUACCCGAAUCUCUCAAAGCUUGCUCUAGCUCUAGAAAAGAACCUAUUGGUGACAUCUAUGCUCACCAUCUCAAUGGAUCCGUAUCCACAAUCAGUGUUGCAAAAGACAGAUGAACCAGAAAAAGCAAGUGAAGAACCUAAACUUCACUCUGACUCGGUGCAAAAUGGGGUGGAACCUGUGGUAGGUGACAGGGAUGAAGUGAUGGUAGAAGUUGAGCAGGCAGAUAUUGACGAUGACAUGGCCAUUGCAAUGGACGCUUUUGAAGAUAUAGUUGGGUCAUCAGAAACAAAUUCAGUGCAGACAAAUAACUCUUAGUCUUCAACUGGAGUCAAGUAUUCGCCUGUUCUACAAAGCCCUCUGGUUCAUGUGUUUUCUGUUGAACAGAAACCCAAUUAAGGUCUGAAAGUUGUAAUGGUAUUUGGCCUUGUAAGCCAUCAAGUUAGUAGGCAUAGGGAAACAUGGAUUUUGGCCGCGUAGAUUCACAUUGUUAUUAUGUAUGCUGAUUGAUGUAAUGAUACGAUAUGAGCAGCUAAAUCUACAAGGGAAUUCGGCUGAAAUCUGGUGGAAUUUGGAAUA